AUGAUGCAAAUCGAUCGUACACAGAUGCAAAAUGUUGUGUCGGAGAUACAGACAGAACAUGCGGACCAGGAAUUGCAUUGGCUUAUUUCUCAGGUGAUUACACCGGAAUUUCCCCAGAUUAUCGAGGCUCUCGGUAUAUGCUCGAAUCUCAUCUUGUACAACUCACCACAGCACCCCGACGCACAGAAACAGAUCGAAAGGGGGCCGGAGAUCAAGCUUCCGGUGUCGUCGUCGAAGCUGGAGGCACUAAAGGGCAUAAUUGUUCGGGACGGGGCGUAUGUGACGCAGAUGACAGUACAGUUGAAGGAGAGCCAUUUCAACAAGAUUUUGAACAAAAUGACGCUUAAGAAGCCGGUGUUGCUUCCGCAGAUCAUUGGAGCCAAGAAGUCGAUUGAUGCGGCGGUGGGGCUCAUUGAGCGAGCGUCUAGCGAGGUGUUGGACGACAAUUGUGACCAGGAACACACCCGACUCAUCGCCAUGUUCCACCAGAUGCUCUGCGAGAUCCAGAUUGCGAAAAAUAGUUUGCAGUUGCCCACGGACCCCGAGCUAGUUUUUCCGCUUAAUGUGACGCCGGCGUCGUCGUUCAGUCCCGUGCUCACCCCCAACAUCGCCGUCGACUUGUACAUCAGCCAGGCCGAGGUGUGUGUUGAUCUCAAGUACUUGCACCAGGUGCAAGAUCACCCAUGGUGCGAGAUCGACUCGCAGGGCAAAUCGUACGUGGACAAGCUCAGGGACGACAUGCGCUUGCCCAGCUCGCAUGUCAGCCGGUCCCUGACCCCGGCGGCCCCCCAGCCACUCAACAUGGCCGAUAUCGAGCAGAAAAUCCACCAGUCGGCCUCGACCACCCCCGACGGACUGCGCUCGCAGUCCAACUUCGUCAACAACGUGUGGAACCACAUCCUGUUGAAGCCGAAGCACGACCCAAUCGACUACAUUACAAAGUGUGUCACCUACAACAACAUGGUGGUCAUGGUUGGCAAGAAAAUCGAGGUUUCUUCCCCGGACCCAGUGCUAGUGAGCGCCCUCACAAAAUUAGAUAGCGUCGAGUAUCUCGUCAGCAGUUUCUUGGAAAACCUCCAGAAAGUGGUCGAUUCUCUUCAUCAGUAG